ACCCAGAAACGAAAGCAAGGAAGGUUACGAACCUGAUAGAGGAAUCGUAUAAGAAUUGAAAAGCAAACCAGAGAACAACAAUAAGGAGAGGAACGAUGUCCUGUGCCGUUGCAGUUGCAACCUAUCCUGUAGUACCAUCACCAUCUUCUCUUUUCUGCAAUGUUACUACUUCUUCUACUUCUUCUGACGCUAUAUCUUUAGCUUCAUCUUGUGGGUCUCCUUCUUCUUCUUCUUCUUCUUGUUCUUCACCGUCUUCACCAUUUAGCCUCUGGUUUCAGAAGCCACGGAGUAGUUUCAGGGCUUUGAAGAAGGAGAAUCCGGAGCCCACGAUUUUGAAGAGGAAGAGACCGGCUAAGAUUGAUAUUCCAAUUUCUGAUGCGGGUUUCACGGCUGCGAUGCCUGUUCCGGUUGAGGAGCAGAGGGAGGUUAAGUUCGAAAGUGAUGGGGUUUCUGUUUAUUGUAAGAAAGGAAGGAGGGAAGCCAUGGAGGAUCGGUAUUCUGCUGUCUUUGAUCUUCAAGGAGAUCCCAAACAGGCUUUCUUUGGUGUCUUCGAUGGACAUGGAGGUGCAAAAGCUGCAGAGUUCGCAGCAAAGAACAUGGAUAAGAACAUCAUGGGUGAAUUGAUGAAGAGAGGAAGAAAUGAAUUUGAAGAUGCUGUUAAAAAUGGGUACCUCACCACAGACUCAGAGUUUCUGAAAGAGGAUCUCCGUGGUGGGACUUGUUGUGUUACAGCAUUGAUCACAGAAGGGGAUCUCGUGGUCUCUAAUGCUGGUGAUUGUCGUGCUGUUAUGAGCAGAGGGGGAAUCGCAGAAGCCCUCACCUCGGAUCACCGGCCUUCGAGGGCGGAUGAAAAAGAGAGAAUCGAGGCAUUGGGUGGCUAUGUGGAUUGCUAUCAUGGUGUGUGGAGAUUACAGGGGUCUUUAGCUGUAUCAAGAGGAAUUGGAGAUCGAUCCCUCAAACAAUGGGUGAUAGCAGAACCAGAGACCAAAGUUUUGAACAUUAAACCAGAAUGCGAGUUCUUAAUUCUAGCCUCUGAUGGCUUGUGGGACAAGGUUGGGAAUCAAGAGGCUAUAGAUAUAGUUCAUCCUCUUUGUAUUGGCACUGAUAAGCCAGAGCUUAUGUCUGCUUGUAGAAAGCUUGCAGAGCUUUCUGUAAUGCGAGGUUCAGCUGAUGAUAUUAGUGUCAUGGUAAUUCAAUUGGGUCGCUUUACUUGAUUGAUGAGAAUUUCUUACUUGAUAAGAAGAAAUUUUUUGCUCGAUCCAUAGUAGAUACCAAUUUGAUUCUGACUGCAAGUGUUUCUGAAGCAACUUGUUCUUUUGAGAGAAUUUUGGUGAAGAGCCUUGAGCCAUCGUAAUUUCCCUCAUAUAUUCAUUGUAUUAACCAUUUUUUCAGCUUAGACUAUCACGGCUCCAUUAUGGAGAAUCCUGACCAACUGAUAACUUGUAUUGAUGUUCAUAAAUAAAAUAAAAUAAUUUAUUUAAUGUAAA